UGGCGAUGGUCCCCGUCGACUACGCGGCAAUUCUUGCCCUCUUUAUGCGACGCAACUACGGGAUGAGCUCCUUGGGGGUAGGGGUGGGAGGAGAUAAAGGCUUUGGACUAAUCGAUAUCGCGGUGACGGGAGCGCUAGACGGACGGGGAGGCUGUGUGUCGAAGGAUUACGUUCCCAACGCGCUAGUUCGCUUUCCCUCCGUGAACUGAUAUUUUUUUUCCUGCUGAGACAGGAAGUCCGUUCUUCCCUCAGCCCGUCUCACUGGCCAGCCUCAACCAUGAAGGGACAGGCCGACACCACCACCGCGGAGUCCCCUCCCCCUCUCUGGAAAGUGCGCAUGCCUUUCUGGCACCGCGUGGACUGCUUCAUCCGACUAUGGCUGCUGAAAUCCCUGGCCGCCAUCUACUUCUACUUUCGGCGCCUGGUACGACAGCCGCCGCGUCGCUACCAGCCCACCUUCGUCCGUCGCUACCCAUCUCGUCCCAUGCUCAACGCCCACAUCUUCUUCCCGCCCAACUAUCGCGCGGGUGAGCGCCUGCCCUUAUAUCUGAACAUUCAUGGCGGGGGUUUCGCCGUGGGGAAUGUCCAGGUAGAUGACCGCUUCUGCGCCGCCUGGACCGAGCGGACCGGCAUGCUCGUCGUGAGUCUGGACUACCGCCGCGUACCGCGACAUCCCUUCCCCACCGCUACCUACGAUCUAGUCGCCCAGAUUAAGGACGUGCUGGCGGAUGAGUCCCUGCCCAUUGAUCCCGAGCGCAUCACCAUUGGGGGGUUCAGUGCGGGCGGGAAUUUGGCCUUGUCGGUGUCGCAGCUGCCUCCCCUGCAUGGACGGGUCAAAGCCGCCGUCGUCUACUACCCGAUCGUCGACUUUGGCCAUCCCCCGCCCGUCAAACUAGCCUCCCGCCCCUACACGGAUGGUCCCUUGGACAAGAUAGGCAUGAUGGCGUGGGCUCUGGACUGGGGGUAUGUCUGUGUGGGACAGAACCGACGCGAUCCACUGUUGAGCCCCUGGUACGCCGACCCGAAAGACCUGCCCCCGCGCAUCUACAUGAUUGCCGCGCAGUGGGAUAUGCUGCGGCUGGAAGCCCAGCAGAUGAUCCACCGCCUGGCGGGGCUGUACGAUAAAGAGGACCAGGAAGCGCCCUUCGAGACAUCUGCGUAUAAGUGGACCUUGGCCCGAGGGUGUACGCAUGGCUUCACGCACGGCCAGGAGGGGAAUGCGGCCGAAAGAGCGUACCGGAAAAAGGUUUGCGAGGACAUAUAUGGCCAGGCCCAUGAGUGGCUGAAGAGUGCGUUGGGAUAGAAGUCGUAGUCUGGUUAAAGAGCAUCAGUAGAUAUUAGACAUUAGAUACAACAGGAAUACUAGGAGACUAUAGACAACAAGUCCCAUUGAGACUGGUCUAUGCCGGAGGAGCGAGCAAUCUGCAAAAGAGUUAGUGUGUCCCCGAUAUCGUCCUAUGCUACAACAGUAGCAGAGAUCCCCAUCAGGCUGUCGGGAACAGGGGAGCUCAAUUGUCUGAGAUCCAUUAUGAUGUAGAGAGGAAACCUGGGA